CGCGCCUUCAUGACGUACAGUCCGAAACACUAAAUAAAAAGCCUUUCAGGCUUUGGUAGCUUCAUAGCUACACUUGACAACCCCCCACCCAAGCCACCCACCACCCACUCAACCGCCCACUGCACCACCCACCCAGUGACCUAUCCGGAAAAUCCACAAAAUGGCCUGUGCACCUUUGCUGCUCGAGCAGUUCAUCUACAGGAAGCGCAAUUUCGCCUACGCCUUUGUGCGCCAUCGUCUGUUUGUGUUAUGCAAACAAUCGCUAAUUCGCGUUCAGUCUGCGGAGGGCAUCAAACGCAUCGAGAUCUCGCCCAAGUCGAACCUGAAGCAUCUCUACGACAGCGUUCAGAACGCUCUGAAGGUGGAUGGGUUCGGGCUCUUCAAGGAGCGCAACUUCCUCACAGAGCUCCAGGCCAGUGGCUCCCAGCUGGUGGGCACUUCCUUGAAGCAUGGCGACAUGGUCUACUUAAAACAGAUGGCUGGCACAUCGUCGCGCCGCACUAGCACCACUGUCUUGGAAAGUCAGGCGUUCAAGACCAGCACCAGUAACCCAAACAGCGCACGUCCAUCCAUCAAUGUGGUUGAGGAUGACGUGGACCAAACUCUGAGCAAGGCGGAUGGCACCAUCAAGCGCGAACGCGAUAGCAAACUGUGCCAUCACAAUGCCAACGGCCGUUGCGUCCACUGCUCCGCACUGGAGCCCUACAAUGAGACCUACCUGAAGGAGCAGAACAUCAAGCACUUGUCCUUCCACUCGUACAUACGCAAGCAGACCUCUGGCAUGGACCAGGGCAAGUACUUCGUCUUCGACGACAUCAAUUGCCGCAUCAAGCCAGGAUGCCGGGAGCAUCCGCCAUGGCCCAAGGGCAUCUGCUCCAAGUGCCAGCCGUCGGCCAUAACGCUAAAUCGUCAGACAUAUCGCCACGUGGACAACGUGAUGUUUGAGAACACCAAGAUCGUGGAGCGCUUCCUCAACUACUGGCGAACGACGGGCCACCAGCGCAUGGGGUAUCUGUACGGCACAUACGAGCAGCACACCGAUGUCCCGCUGGGCAUCCGGGCCAAGGUGGCGGCCAUCUACGAGCCGCCACAGGAGUCCACCAGGGACUCGAUCAAUAUUCAGCCGGAUGAGGGAGCCGAUGAUGUGGAUGCCGUGGCUAGUGCGCUUGGACUAAAGAAGAUUGGCUGGAUUUUUACUGAUCUCAUCACGGAGGAUGCGAGCGUCGGCACUGUCAAACAGAUACGUGGCAUCGAGUCGCACUUUAUUACGGCUCAAGAGUGCAUCACAGCCGGCGAGCUUCAAAAUCGCCAUCCAAAUCCAUGUAAAUAUGCCUCCAAUGGCGUCUUUGGCUCAAAGUUUGUGACCAUUUGUGUGACAGGAGAUAAAACCAAACAAGUGCACAUGGAGGGCUAUGCGGUCUCCGCUCAGUGCAUGGCUCUGGUGCGCGAUAAUUGUCUGAUACCCACCAAGGAUGCGCCCGAGCUGGGCUACGUGCGUGAGUCCACGGACAAGCAGUAUGUCCCAGAUGUCUUUUAUAAGGAAAAGGACCAGUACGGCAACGAGGUGCAGCGACUGGCUCGUCCCCUGCCGGUGGAGUAUCUUUUGGUGGAUGUGCCCGCCUCGACUCCUCUGCAGCCGCAGUACACCUUCACCGAGUACGACAAGCGCCAGCCAUUCCCCAUCGAAAACCGAUACAUCGACGGCCACCUGCAGGACUUCAACGCACUCAGCUGCUACUUGUCCGGCUGGGGCGACGAGGAGUUCCUCGAGGCCAUCUCCGACUUCCACCUGCUGGUCUACCUAUACAAGAUGGACAUGCUCCCGUUGCGCCAGCACAUGGGUCCGCUGCUGGAGGCGGUGCGCAACAAGAACCCCAACCAGGCCGCCCAGUUCAAGAUCGAGGAUGUGUGGAAGCUGCUUGAGUCGCUGAUUCAGGCCAGUUCCGGCGGCAGUGGUGGCACCACCAGCUAUCCCAGUGGUGGAGCAUCGGCCAAUUCCGGAGCCGCAGGCUCGGAGGCGAUGGAUCUGGACGCCAACACCUGGACGUGCAACCACUGCACCUUCAUCAACCGCGGCGAACUAAACUCCUGCGAGAUCUGCUCGUUACCCAGAUAAGGAUCCCCGACGAGAAAGUUCUACGAUUUGCAGCCUAGAUGAACCAUUCGAAAUUCCGGUGUAAAACAAACUAAAGAUUCAAUCAUACUUACUUAUAGCAGCGGCUGGAAGACAUGGGUGUCCCUCCCACACACACACAUACACAUGCACACUUAGAGGCGCACGCACAUACACAAACACACGCAGCGGCUCGUGCGAACUUUGCGCAUUGUCUCUAUGUAAUCCUUGUGUAAGAAUUUUAUAAAAUAAAACAAAAAGAAGGAAGGAAAAUUUAAUUUAUUUUUGAAUAAAUUUCAAUUGUUGUGCAA